AUGGAAACCCCAAUUCGACCAUCGCCAGACUCGGUUGCUUCUGGCUCAUCCCUCAGCUCUGCUUUCUCAGACCUGAGUAUCUUUGAUAACGACUCGAUCAGCCCAGCAACGCCAGCCACACCUGCAAUGUCCAACCCAGGCUACUUCCCAUCGUCGAAAAAGACUAAUAACAAUAGCAUAUAUAAACUCCCAUCCCAAAAGCAGAGUAUGGCGUGGAGGCAAACGGGUGGCUUAUAUGGCAAAUCUGCAUCAUCGCCUCCGACGCGAAUGGCACAAUCUCGAGUCAGUUCAGCUCAGGCAAUAUACCAGAACACCGGAGAGCAGUCACUUGAUGACCCCAUGGAAGAUAUUACGGCCAAGCUUGGAACUUUAACUCUUGGCGACAACUUGGGCCUGAGCAAGGAACUGGCCAAUUCUCCGUCAUUCAAGAAGUCAAGGAAAGUCAUGCUACGAACGGGCCAGGUCAAGCCUACACUUUCCCCUCCUAUAAUAGCCAUUGAUGAAGACGAACACCAAAGCACACAUGUUUCAACAUCGCAGCCAGCGUUAUCAUUGGAUGUGACUACGGAGGACGGCGUCGGUGCCAAAGCCCGGGAAGUACAGGACUCCAACACUUUGAGUCCUGAUGAUACAGGGCACCUGCAAAAAGUCCCAGCCCCACCUCGUUUAGAAGGCAGCUCUACUGCCAGAACUGGCCUCCACGGUUUGGGCUUCCAGAAGGUCCUUCCAGCCACCUCUAUCGACCCAAUGGGGAGCGCUAUAAAGAUGGCCGCAGAAUCUGGUGCUAACGGGGACAAUGUGCCUUCCACAAAGUUGCUUCCAUCUAUCGAAGGGAUACCAGAGAACCUAGCAUCAGAGGAGCCAAAACCACAGGAACCAACCCCAGUGAAUACGACCUUAGUAUCGCCCAAUGAAGAGCCAACCGCACGGACCCCAGAACAAGAUUUGGAGCAAGCCCUCGAAAAAGAAUUUCCGGACUUCGAACCUUUCAACAAGAUAAAAACAACUGGUAAUGGCAUCAAACUUAAGAUACUCGAGGUAGUCCUCAACCGUGAAGACCGGAGAAAAAAGGCGAAGAAUACAGCAAGUCCGUCAUCCGACUCAUCCAGCAACCCUACCGGAUAUAUCUAUGUCUUCACAUCUCCAUCCACUCCUAAGUACAUGAAAAUUGGGAAAACGCUGCUAGAUCCAGAUAAACGUAGAUGUCAAUGGGCUAGACAGUGCAAGUUUACUGCCACGCGCAUCGAUGAUCCUAAUGGCAAGAAAUUCACAUAUUAUUCAAUGGUAGAAAGGCUGGUUCAGUUGGAGCUUGCCAAUGAACGGAGAAAGUUCAAAUGUGGAAAGUGUAAACGAAGACACAUAUUUGAUCAACGGAAGGAGGGAGGCGGCAGGUCGGAGGUUACAGAACAUGGUGAAUGGUAUGAAGUUACCCCGGAGCGCGCUCUAGCGGUCGUUGGGAGGUGGCGGGCCUGGGCAACCAAGGAACCUUAUGCAAACGAUGGAACAUUGAACAACGUGUGGAAGUGGAAAUAUGAUCAAGCGAUGAAAUGCGUGGAGAUGGACUGGGACAAGUGGGCUCGAGGGCAAAUCCGACGACGUAUUCCCGCCUGGGUUCGCACUAGGUGGUUGAAAGACGACGACGAUCAAAAUGUGCUAGUGGAUUGGGACAGAUGGGUCCAGAUUACGUGGGGCGAUCACUUAUCGUUUUCCCUUUAUUGCUUCGACGCGGAGAUGAGAAUCUUUUGGCCCAAGUUCUACUAA